AUGAAGAACUUGAGGUUUUGCUUCAGUUAUUUGUUUCCUGCAAUCAUUCUUGCUCUGCUUACUCCUUCCUCAGUUGCACAGCUAUCACCAAGUGAGAAUAGAAUUCUAUUCCAAGUUCAGAAGCUUCUUGAAUAUCCUCAAGCUCUCCAAGGGUGGACAAGAUGGACCAACUUGUGCUUCCUCCCUCCAUCACGUUCCCUCAAGAUAGUUUGUUCAAACGGUCAUGUGACAGAACUAACAAUCAUUGGAAACAAGACCUCCCCAUCGUCUCACAUCCCCAAGGCAGGUUCCUGGACUUCCCUUCAAACACUUUCCGGAAAAUUCUCUAUCGAUUCUUUCUUCACUGACCUGACAAAGCUUUCAAAUUUGAAGGUGUUGUCCUUAGUGUCCUUGGGUUUGUGGGGUCCUUUACCAUCCAAAAUUAACAGGUUUUGGUCUUUGGAAGUGCUAAACAUUAGCUCAAAUUUCAUUUAUGGAGAAAUUCCGUCAUCUAUAUCCUCAAUGAUGAAUCUGAGGAGUCUUGUUUUGGUUGGUAAUCUCUUCAAUGGAAGUGUCCCUGAUCUCCAACGGUUAACUUCUCUUCAAGAGCUCAACUUGGGAGGUAACAAACUGGGUCCUGGAUUCCCAUCAGUUGGAAAGAAUCUUGUCACUAUUAUCUUGAGAAGUAAUUCAUUGAGAUCUCAUAUUCCUCCACAAAUUCUGCACUUUGACAAACUUAAGGUAUUUGAUGUCUCUUCCAAUGAAUUUUUUGGAAACAUUCCAUCCUUUUUGAUGUCUAUGCCUUCCCUUCAGUACCUAAACUUGGCCUCAAACCAUCUAAGUGGUAACCUCUCAGUGAAUGUGGCAUGUAGCUCCUCACUAACAUUUGUGGAUAUCUCUCACAACCUUCUGGUUGGAAAAUUGCCAUCCUGCUUUGGUUCAAUGUCUUCAAAGGCCACACUACUAUAUUCUGGAAAUUGUUUGUCAACCAAAUGGUUAAAAAAUCAACAACAUCCAUCUUCUUUUUGCAAGAGAGAGGGGGCGUUGGCUGUUAUGCCUCCAGCUAAAAACCUGAAGAAUGAAUCAAAUUCGGGUGCGAAACUAGGCUCAGUGAUUGGAAUAAUUGGAGGAGCUGUAGUAAUUGCUGGGCUUCUGGUUCUUCUCAUUUUGAUCAUCUUUAGAAAGUCCAGUGGAGAAAGAUCACAUCAUAAAAUGGACAAACCAGUUGCUAAUAAAUAUUCUGCCAGUGCAUCUCCUAGAUCAAACGGUACAAGACAUAUUCCUCAGGCAAUGAAGCAAGCUGCACUUGGACUGCCACCGUACCGCAUUUUCACAUCAGAGGAAAUUGAUGAUGCAACAAACAACUUUGACCCAUCAAAUUUAAUAGAAGAGGGAUCACAGGGACAGCUAUAUAAAGGUUGGCUCAGAGAUGGUUCAGUGGUCCUAGUUAGUUGUGUUAAAAUAAAGCAGAAAGGUUUGCCCCACAGCAUCAUGCAGCAAAUAGAGGUAUUAUCCAAUUUGAGGCACAGGCAUAUGGUGAGUGUUCUAGGACACUGUAUCAUUGCUGAACAGGAUCAUCCCCAAACAACAAGCACUGUCUUCAUUGUAUUUGAGCACAUCUCUAAUGUGUCAUUAAGGGAUCAACUUGCAGAUGGGAGAAAGAGGGAAAUGCUGAAAUGGCCACAAAGAAUGGCAAUGAACAUAGGCAUUGCAAGAGGAGUCCAGUUCUUACACACAGGAGUUGCUCCUGGUAUAUAUGGCAACAAUCUGAAGAUUGAGAACAUUUUGUUGGAUGAUAGUCUCAAUGCAAAAGUCAGUAGAUAUAGAAUCCCAUUGCCAUCCAAGAGUGUGCAUAAUGAACACACUGCCACCAAUCAUAGCACAAAUAAUGCAGAAAAGGAAGACAUCUAUCAGCUGGGUGUUAUUCUUCUUGAAGUUAUCACUGGCAAACAAAUUGCUUCCUCGAGUGAAAUAGAGGAGAUGAAGGAUGAGCUGGAGAAUGGUUCAUCAGAAGCAACAUCGGUACUUAAGAGCGAAAUUGAUCCUUCACUGCGGGGAACUUAUGCAUAUGAAUCAAUGAAGACUGCAGUUCAGAUUACCAUCAACUGUCUCUCCAAAGUUUCCAGCCAGCGCCCUUCAAUAGAGGAUGUUCUUUGGAAUUUACAAUACUCAAUGCAAGUUCAAGAGUCAUGGACCAGCAGUGGAAACCUCAGCACAAAAUUGUAA